AAAGUGCAUGCAUAACAAACCUAAACCUACAAAUUUCAUGCAGUAUGACUUUUAUCUCCAUUUAGGGUUUUUGUUUUUAAAAUUUUGUAAUUUUAUAAUAUUUUGAGUAUCAUGUGUCUUUGUGAACUUUAGAAUAGACUCAGGUACUAACUUCAUGCGAUACUUAAAUUCAUAUUGUGAAUCCUCUCCUCACAGACUGAAUCUAUCCGAGUGAAGUAAUGGUUUCAGUUUCAGCCAUGAAUGAUUAUGGAAUGUGGCAAAUGGAAACAGACAGCAGCAGCAACGGAUUUCCAAAUCUUCCAAACAUGAAUGCUGGAAACCUUGAGUGGACCUACAUCAUGAGGCGGGAGAUGCAAGAAAUUGUUCCUGGGGUUUAUCUGGGGCCCUAUUCUUCUGCGAUCAGCUCAAGAUUAGAAGUUCUCCAGAAACAUGGAAUUACCCACAUUGUUUGCGUGCGACAGAAUAUCGAAGCCAAAGUUAUUCGUCCACAUUUUCCUCAAUACUUUAGGUACCUAGUUUUAAGUAUUGCCGAUAGCCCCACGGAGAGCAUCAUCCAACAUUUUUCAACUGUGAGAGACUUCAUAAAUAAUGCUUUAGAAUUAGGAGGCAAAGUUCUGGUGCACGGCAAUGCAGGCAUAUCACGCAGUGCAGCUCUUGUCCUAGGCUACAUCAUGGGCCAGUAUGGUUUGACUUUUUCGCAAGCUUUCUCAUUUGUACAAGGGAAGCGAUUUUGUAUCAACCCAAAUGAGGGUUUCAUCGCUCAGUUGAUCGAGUAUGAGCCUAUCUACAAAGCCCAACAGAUGCAGAGCAAUUAUAGUCAAUCAGAAUCCAUUAACAGGAACAAGAGGAAUUUUGACGCCAUUGACGAUAGAUAAGACUUGUGAUUCCCUUUUUUUUUUAUUUAAUUUCAUUUCAUUUGUUAAUUGUUUAUUUAAUUUUGUAUUUUUUCUUAAGUUGCCCACUCCUCGUGGCUCACCAAAUCUGAUGGUUUUCUGAGCCUGCCUUUUCCUUUUUAUUUUGAGGAAUUUAAUUUUUAGAAAGGAAGGAAGGAAGAAUAGAGAAAUAUAUUAUGAAAAUUUCAAGUGUUAUAAAGUGACAAAAUUAAAAAAAAUUGUCCAUACCUGAUGGCUUGUUUUACAUCAGGUCGUAUAUCUUGCAUCUGUUAUCUUCAAACAGUGGGCCCUUCAAAACCUUAAUCAAUCAAGAGUUUGACUCAACUGAACAUUUCAGUUACUAAUGUACAGAAUUCUCUCAGCAUUGUUUCAGCGAUUCGAGCAUCUGCGUUUUUCUUAUUAAGUAUAUCUCUUUUUUACCUUUUUUUUUUUUUUCAUCGUAAUUUUUGAGUUCUAAAGAAGUGGCAGGUUUAUGUUCCACCUUAAAAAAUCUGUAACAAGCUUUCAAGCUUUUUUCUAAGGCUUCGUACCAUUUCAACUGCUCGCCAAUCCUGCAUUCUUUGGUUUAUUCCUACCCCUUUGUUUUCAAAAUCUUUGUUUUAUUAUUUUCAUUUUAAUACCUGAAAUGAAAUAGUAGUCAAAGUAGUAUUUUUCUUCUCCAUUUAUGUUUCAAAAAGUAUCUCAUGCAUUUUGUUUAUACUCACCCUGUGUUUGUGAAUUUAUCAUGUCAAAUUCAAAAUUUCAUAUAUUGUCCUGGCUUCAUUUCUUUAAAUUCUAGCUCAGAAUAAAUUUUCUAAUGAUGUUUAAA